AUGGCGUUGAAGCAGGCCCAGGUGGGCUUCCAGCUGCCCGUCGUAUACAGCAUCUUCUUCCUCUUCAUUGAGCCGAUCUCGGCCCUCGUCGGCGCCUUCUACAGCCACUUCCGCCAGGCCCGUUAUCUGGAGCUCCUCAACUCAACCUCCGCGCCCCAGACUGGGGAGCCCGUCCCGCUCGGCACCUCCGUCGCCAUGUCCCAACUGGCCAACAUGUACCUGUUCUUCGCCCUCAACGAGGCCUUCGUGCUCCGCGCGUCUACGGACAUCCGCAUCUGGAGGGCCGUUCUUCUGGUGCUCUUGAUUGCGGACGUCGGCCACCUCUACUCCAUGAAGGACCUGGGGUUCCAAAUCUACUACGAUGUCGGCGGCUGGAACGCGGCGGAUUGGGGAAAUGUUCCGUGGGUGUACAUGGGCGCCGUCUUGCGCUUGUGCUUUCUGGGAGGAGUCGGCCUUGGAAAGUGGAAAACUUUGAAGACUCUUUGA